UUGGGCAGCGUGAACGAGUCUUUGGUUUCGCUUAUUCAAAUGUCACCAUCACAAGGACAGUUAGUGUACAGCAUUCACCAUGAAGAUCUGUCUAUUUCUCGGAGUGACAUUUUUCAGCGUAUCGACAGCUGAUUUCUCUCCCCCGGUGGUAAACAUCAGUCUGGACCUGCCUGCCUUUCAGCGAUGGGCUCCUCUGAAGAACCUCUAUGACAUUAAUUUCUUGAGAAGAGCUGCAUCUGAAGUGAUCGACUCGACUGUUCCCAAAUGGGUUCAUGUUGCCGUUAAACCCAUAGUGGAGGCUUUGGAGAAAUACAUCCCACAGCCGUAUGCUGGAGAAAUACAGGGCAUGGCUUCAUUCUAUGGGACUGACAUUUCAGAUAUCGUGCUGCUGAACUUUGCCUAUGAAGUAUCUGCGUUUUGCACCAGUAUUGUAACUCAGGAUACAAAGGGCAAUAUAUUCCAUGGCAGAAACCUGGACUAUCCUCACGAUGUGCUCAGAAAUCUAACUCUAGAUGUACUUUUUAUGAAAAAUGGAAAGGUGGCGUACAGAGGAACCACUUUCGCUGGUUACGUUGGGCUGUGGACAGGACAAAGCCCCAACAAAUUUACAGUCUCUGGCAACGAACGCAAUAAGGGACAUUGGUGGGAGAAUGUGAUUUCAGCCGUUUUAUUAAAAAGUUCUCCAGUUAGCUGGCUAAUUCGAGAGACUCUUGAAGCAGCUGUGGAUUUCCAGGAUGCAGUAGUGAGGCUGGCCAAGGUGCCGAUCAUCACAGAUGUUUAUUACAUUUUGGGUGGUGUUAAUGCUGGUGAGGGUGUGGUCAUCACCAGAGACAGGGGAGGAUCAGCUGACAUCUGGCCCCUGGAUCCACUUAAUGGAAACUGGUAUAGAGUUGAAACAAAUUAUGACCAUUGGCUACCCGCCCCUAAACGAGACGAUCGAAGAGAUGUGGCAAUGAAAGCACUAAAUGCCACUGGUCAAAACCAUAUAAGUAUGGAUUCUCUAUAUGAGGUUUUAUCUGUGAAUCCAGUAUGUAAUGGGAUCACAGUUUAUACAACCGUCAUGAGUGCCGCCACACCUGAGAAGUACACAACAAUUGUCAGAGAUAUGUGUGUGUGAUGGAACGAGCCAUUGUCUUGAUCAACACAGCUAACUUCUGAACUGCCCAACAAAUUCUGCUUCUCUUCAUGUUUUUUUUGUAAUGGAAAUGAAUCUAAUUUUAAAGGGGA